AUGGAAAACAGCAGCAGCGAAACCCCUCCAUCCGAGCCCAUGCAAUCCCUCUCCAUUUCCCCUGAAACCUCCUCACAGAUGAGCUUGGACGAAAGGUUUGAGAUAAUAAGGAGCAUUGGCGAAGAAUGUAUACAAGAGGAUGAGUUAAAGAGACUCUUGGCUAACAAGCCACAGCCCAUUUGCUAUGAUGGAUUCGAACCGUCUGGCCGGAUGCACAUUGCGCAGGGAGUUAUGAAAGCAAUUAAUGUCAACAAACUGACUUCUGCUGGCUGCAAAGUUAAAAUUUGGAUCGCAGAUUGGUUUGCUCAGCUAAAUAACAAAAUGGGGGGUGACUUGAAGAAAAUCCAAGUUAUAGGACAGUAUCUGAUUGAGAUAUGGAAAGCUGUAGGGAUGAAUCUAGAAGGAGGUCAGGUAGAAUUUCUUUGGUCUUCUGAAGAGAUCAACACCAGGGCUCAUGAGUACUGGCCUCUUGUAAUGGACAUUGCUAGGAGGAACAAACUUCCUAGGAUAUUGAGGUGUUGUCAAAUUAUGGGUCGCUCUGAGCAAGAUGAAUUAUCAGCAGCCCAGAUUUUCUACCCGUGCAUGCAGUGUGCUGAUGUAUUUUUUCUUAAGGCCGACAUCUGUCAGUUGGGCACGGACCAGCGCAAAGUGAAUGUACUUGCAAGAGAGUACUGUGAUGACAUAAAAAGAAAAAACAAGCCCAUAAUAUUGUCCCACCAUAUGCUCCCUGGUUUGCAGGAAGGUCAAGAAAAGAUGUCAAAGAGUGAUCCGUCAUCUUCCAUAUACAUGGAGGAUGAAGAGGCUGAAGUGAACGUGAAGAUAAAGAAAGCAUUCUGCCCUCCAAACGUGGUAGAAAAGAAUCCAUGCCUUGAGUACGUCAAGUAUAUUAUUUUCCCAUGGUUUAAUGAGUUCAAAGUUGAACGAAAUUCAGAUAAUGGAGGUGACAAGACCUUCAAGAGUUUUGAGGAACUAGCAUCUGAUUAUGUAAGUGGGGAAUUGCAUCCUGGGGACCUCAAACCCGCUCUAGCUAAGGCACUUAACCAGAUACUACAGCCCGUAAGAGAUCAUUUCAAGAAUGACCCAAAGGCUAAAGAGUUAGUGAAACGGGUGAAGAGCUACAAGUUGAGUUCUCUUGAGCACUAUUUUCCUUGCACUAUAUGCACACUUGGAUCAGUCGCGUCCGUUGCUAAGAGUCCUAAGACGGUUAGGAGCAUGAAUGGCAGGGGACGAGCGACGAGGUUUUCUUCCUCGGCAUUACGCAAAAAAAUUGGGGGAGAAGCAAAAAGGCUGAAGUUGCUUUGA